AUGAACACAACGAAAACCCUAGGAGAACCUGUGAACGAGGCAGCUCUUAGGAAACCCCGCAUCAUCACAGGGAAAUCUAUCCGAACACAGCCAUCCAGCGACGAUGAGCAGAAAGACUGGUUCGAACGCGCGCUAGCGUGGUGCCGAGUAUACAUUCUUCAGUGGACAUUACGACACAGGCCGUUAUCUCCUGCCCAAGAUGGUCGCUGGAUUCCCCUCAAGGCGGUCCCAGACAGGCCGUAUAUUGAUGAGCGGAGCGGCCGUGCGUACAUCUCCAAUGUCAUCCGGUCCUCGAGAUAUACAAUGUACGAUUUUCUCCCGAAACAGUUGGUUUUCCAAUUCACGCGGUUGGGCAACUUCUACUUCCUCUGUAUCGGGAUCCCUCAAGCCAUCCCGGGCUUGAGUACGACUGGAAACUAUACGACCAUCCUCCCUCUUCUCUUCUUCAUCCUUUUGCAGGUUGCAAAGGAAGGCUAUGACGACUAUAGAAGACACCGGCUGGACAAGGUGGAAAAUACGAGCAGCGCCGUCGUACUAAGAGAUUACCGUCAUCAUGUUGGACAUGGACGAUUAGCCCACAGAAUAACUGGAUUCCAAUCGUUUCCCUCGGCGUCCAACGCAAAGACUGAAGUUAUCAAUGAGUAUGAAAUGACUGAAGACCACCUGCGCUGGACCAAGGUCCAAUGGCGUGACAUCAAAGUCGGCGACAUUAUCAGAAUCAAAAGGGACGAGGCGGUACCUGCUGACAUCGUUCUGCUACAUGCCGAUGGAGAGAAUGGGCUCGCGUAUAUCGAAACAAUGGCCCUGGAUGGAGAAACGAACUUGAAGAGCCGACAAGCGCUACCCUCUCUAAGCUCGUGCAGCACAAUCCACGGGAUCAGAUCCUUGGAAGCGACGUUCGUGGUCGAGCAUCCAAAUCUAAACCUACAUGACUUCAACGGCAGCGUUACUGUUGAUGGAGAGGCUCUGCCGCUGACUUUGAAUGAGGUGAUCUAUCGAGGCAGCGUCCUGAGAAACACGGGUCUUGUCAUUGGUAUGGUGAUUAAUACGGGAGAAGAAUGCAAGAUCCGAAUGAACGCAAAUCACCACCCCAAAGCAAAGAAGCCCCGAAUCGAAAAGUCCGCCAACCGAAUUGUCCUUACGCUCAUUGCUUACGUGAUACUCCUGUCCGUCGGUUGUUCAGUGGGCUAUCUGAUGUGGCAGAGAUCGACCGAACAAUAUUCGUGGUAUUUGAAUAACGCAUCGGUGGGGUUUGAGGCCAUUAUCAUUGGCUUUGCCAUAGCAUUCAAUAAUGUUAUUCCGUUAGCUUUAUACGUGAGUCUCGAGAUUGUGAAGGUAGGACAAGCGCUCCUAUUGGAGAGUGACGUCGAGAUGUACGACAACGUCUCCGAUACGCCAAUGAGAUGCAACACAAACACAAUUCUCGAGAAUCUGGGGCAGGUCAGCUAUGUCUUGUGCGACAAGACGGGAACUUUGACCCAGAAUAUUAUGAGAUUCCGCAAGAUGAGUAUUGCUGGCACCGCCUGGUUGCAUGACAUGCACGUUAAAGGCGAGCGUGAGCAGGCUUUGAAACCUGAGCAGGAGCCGAGGCGCAUUGAGGAGGACCAUGUCAGCCUCGGAAAAGUUGGAUCUUUUCAGAUGACGAAUACAGUGACGCACAAAGACAGCAAGACAUCCGUCUCUCCUCUAAUCGAGAAUAAACCGAGACCAUCUUUCUCAACGUGGAGAUCCACUGGCCGGCAGGAUCAUGCUCCACCAGAACGGACAACUACUCAGCUCCUCGAAUAUAUUCAUAGCAACCCUGCAUCUCCAUUCUCUCAGAAGGUGCGUGAAUUUAUUCUAGCCAUGGCCCUGUGUCAUACUUGCCUCCCUGAGGUCCGCAAUGACGUUGUAGACUUCCAAGCGUCCUCGCCUGAUGAACUUGCCCUCGUUCGAGCGGCCUGCGAUCUCGGCUAUGUUCUCAUUCAUCGGUCAUCGCAGUCUAUUACUCUGCUCCUGAAUGACGCGAACAACCAUGAAAGUCAACAAGUGUAUGAGAUUCUUGAUAUCAUCGAAUUUAGCAGUAAAAGGAAACGGAUGUCCAUUAUCGUAAGAUGUCCGAAUCGGCGGAUAUGGGUUAUUUGCAAAGGCGCAGACAACAUGAUUGAACCCCGUCUCCGAGAUGCAUCUUCCUUGAGUCAGAAGACCGAUAGACUAAAUGAUGAAAUUGAGCCUGAACUGCAGCAAAAACGAAGAAACAGAACUGACUGCAUGAAUUCGUUCGAAACCGCGAAGCAACCCUUGUCCAUUUUUCUCGAUGACCUCCCUGUUGAAGACCACUCUGCCUCACUCAGCCGCUGCCUGGAGCAUGUCGACGACUUUGCUACUGAAGGCCUGCGUACGCUUCUUUUCGCGCAUAAGUUCAUCAGUCCAGAAGACUACUUCAACUGGAAGAAAGUGUACCAGGAAGCGACGACCUCUCUAACCGAUCGCCAAGACCGCAUUGAAGCGGCCGGUGAGCUGAUCGAGCAGUCCCUGGACCUCCUUGGUGCAUCUGCGAUUGAGGACAAGUUGCAGGAAGGUGUCCCAGAAACGAUCGAAAAGCUGCGACGAGCCAAGAUCCAAGUCUGGAUGUUGACCGGCGACAAGCGCGAGACGGCCAUCAAAAUCGCUCACUCGGCACGGAUCUGCGAGCCAGGUUCCAAAAUGUUCAUUCUGGAUGCCACACACGGUGACUUGGAAGGUCGCAUGCGAGCUGUCUCAGACAACAUCAAGUCUGGCUCUGGCAAUAGCGUUGUUGUUACUGAUGGCCAUACCCUUGCCGUCUUGGAUGCGGAUCCGGGGCUGAGCUGCUUGUUCUACUCUCUAAUCACAUCUGUUGCCUCUGUCAUCUGCUGCCGUGCGAGUCCAGCGCAGAAAGCCGGUAUUGUGAAGACGAUCGGAGCCUGUGUGCCUGGGGCACUGACUCUGGCUAUUGGGGAUGGUGCCAAUGACAUCGCCAUGAUUCAGGCUGCGCAUGUCGGUGUCGGUAUCUCCGGCAAAGAGGGGCUGCAAGCCGCGCGGGUUGCGGACUACAGUAUCGCUCAAUUCCGGUUUCUCCAGCGCCUGCUUCUGGUCCAUGGCCGCUGGAACUACGUCCGCACGGCCAAGUUCAUUCUUAUAACCUUCUGGAAAGAGAUGUUCUUCUACAUGAUGCAGGCACUAUAUCAGCGUUAUAAUGGGUACACUGGCACGUCAUUGUACGAGUCUUGGUCGCUCACAGUACUGAACACGCUGUUUACCUCUUUGUGUGUGAUCAUCAUGGGCGUGUUUGAGCAGGACCUCAGUGCCGACACAUUACUGGCUGUGCCUGAGCUGUACACCUACGGACAGACUAAUGCUGGUCUGAAUCUCCGGAAGUAUCUCGCCUGGAUGAUCUGUGCGACUGUUGAAGGAAUGGUCGUAUGGUUCUUGUCCUGGGCAGCCUACGGUGUGUUCGGCAACCCAACCGACCAGGGUCUGUUUGCCUUAGGCGACCUGGUUUUCAGCUUGGGGAUCAUCUGGACGAAUUGGAAGCUCUUUAUCAUCGAAACCCACUACAAGACCGUCAUCGCUCUCUCCUCCUUCUCAAUCACCGUCGUUGGUUGGUGGGCGUGGAAUGCCUUCCUGGCAGGCGCGUAUGCGUGGCAACCAAGUCCAUAUGCGGCCCGAGAUGGCUUCACGAAGACCUUUGGCCGAGAUCCAAUCUGGUGGCUGACCCUGGUACUCGUACUUAUGGUCCUUGUGACUUUAGAGCUUGUAUACAAAUCGGUGAAGAGGAAUAUGAAAGUGGCUGGUAUGUGGCUACCUUGGAAGCAGAGAGGCAAUCGGCUCGGAGAGAACGGGGUUAAACUGGAUGUCGGGAUGUGGCAGGAGAUGGAAAAAGACCCAAUCAUUAGAGCCAGGUUAAAACGAUUGGCCGGUGAAGAGACUGGAGAGGUGGAUAGGGAGGAUGAGGAUGCCGGUAGAUGA